AUGGCAUUGGCAGCCCAGCCUAAGAACCUGCAGAUUGAGAAUGUUGUUUUGAACCUUCCUAGGACCAUUCAUUGCAUCAAGUGUAGGAAUACCAUGGCCAAAGACACCAAGAUUAAUUCCCGCAAAGAAAGACCCUCCCGCAACUUGGAGUUUUUGGGGUUUAAAAACAUCAGAUUUCACUUCAAUUGUACCCAGUGCUCGGCUGGGAUCGUCUUAAGGACGAACCCACAAUUGUCACGCGUUCUUUGUGAGGCCGGUGCUACGCAAUUUUGUGUUGAUAAACAUCCCAGGCGUCUUCUGUAUGGGCUUGAGGAGGAGUUCAGCUGGCAUGAGAACAGAGACGUGAUCUUAGCCCAACGGAUUUUCAUGCUGCGGCAAAAAAACCAUAACAUGGAUCAGAAGAGGAAGAUGGAAGAAGUAGGGAAUGCCAUGAAAUCUUUGGAUUUGGAAAGAGAGAUUUAG